UUGAGUAUUACGAGUUGAGUAGUUACGAGAUGAAAAGUUACGUUCAUAUUUUAUCAGAUAUUACUGUUCCGUGUUGUUUUUGUGUAUCAAUGGGUUAUUGAUCUGAAUUUUUCUAAUGAAAAUAAUACUCUAAAAUUAACGGUGCUAAAGUGAUUUGGUUUAUAAAUACGCUUCAAAAGAUCGAAAAAAAUUGGAAACACUAAAUACUGCAAGUGUUAAAUCAGAUUUUCCAAAAAAGUGAUUAGAAGACAAAAACAUGGCGUUCGCUGGACUCAAGAAACAAAUCAACAAAGCUAACCAGUAUGUUACAGAAAAAAUGGGAGGUGCCGAGGGCACAAAACUUGAUCUUGACUUUAUGGAUAUGGAAAGAAAAACAGAUGUUACAUGCGAGCUGGUUGAAGAGUUACAAAUAAAAACAAAAGAAUUCCUACAACCAAACCCUACAGCUCGCGCAAAAAUGGCCGCCGUGAAAGGCAUUAGUAAAUUAAGCGGUCAAGCCAAAAGUAACACCUACCCGCAGCCUGAAGGCGUGCUGGGUGAUUGUAUGCUGCUUUAUGGAAAGAAACUUGGAGAAGAUACCGUAUUCUCACAAUGUUUAAUAGAGAUGGGAGAAGCACUGAAACAAAUGGCAGACGUAAAAUACUCUCUGGACGACAACAUCAAGCAAAACUUCCUUGAACCCCUUCACCAUUUGCAGACCAAAGACUUAAAAGAAGUUAUGCAUCACCGAAAGAAAUUACAGGGACGUAGACUGGACUUCGACUGCAAGCGACGUAGGCAGGCAAAAGGCCCUUACAUGAGCCCAAGUCAUGGUUCUCCAAGACACGAUGACGAGAUCAGACAAGCAGAGGAGAAGUUUGCUGAGUCGUUGACCUUGGCUCAGAUUGGCAUGUUCAAUCUUCUCGAUAAUGAUGUCGAGCAAGUGGCACAACUGACUUUCUUCGCGGAGGGUCUGCUGGAGUACCACCAGCAGUGCACGGAGAUACUCAAGGGAUUGGUGUCUACGCUAAUGGAGAAGAAAGAGGAAGCGGUGAACCGCCCAAAGAUGGAAUUUGUGCCCAAGACGCUCGCCGAUCUCCACAUCGAGGGUAUCCACGAUUUGAACCACGGUAGGCGCUAUGGCUCGGCGCAGAGCCUGUCCCGGGCUCGUCUCCCCCCCACCUCCUCUCUGGGUGACAUCCCUACCUCCGACCCUCUCCGCGCAUGGGAGGAGCCCCGUGCCCCUCGCGCCCCUUCCGCCCCUCGAAUCGCGCUCGCCCCAGCCGCCCCUCGUUUCAAGCCUCACCCAGCUCCACGGUCAGCACAAAUACAAAACGGACGAGAUCCGUGGGCAGCAUCGCCGCUGCCGUCGCCGGUUAAGUCGCCCGCACGAACACCCGUCGCACCCGCUAAAGGUCCAUGUUGCACCGCCCUCUACGACUUCGAACCUAAAGAUCAAGGCGAGCUCGGAUUCAAGGAAAAUGACGUGAUUACACUGAUCAGUAAAGUGGACGAAAAUUGGUUUGAGGGUUCACUCAACGGCAAAACGGGCUAUUUCCCUAUCAGCUACGUGCAGGUCACCGUGCCGCUGCCCAACAUGUAAUUCAUGUAAACACUGGCAACUCUUGAAUUCAUUGGAAUCCUGCUAGUUCUAGUUCAGUAUUUUUUUAUUUUUAUUUUUUUAUUGUAAAUUAUUAUUUUUAUUUAGUACACAUACUCGAUACUAAUG